UCUCAAUAGAUUAAUUAAAGAUGAUAUUAAUAAGCAAAUUUAGAAUAACAUUAAUUAUUUUUAUCAUAAGUUUUAUCUUUCUUGCUUCAGGUUCGGAGGUUUCCAUCAAGCCCACAAGUGAUAGCCUUUCAACAAAAAAGAAGGAAAAGUGCACUUAUUUUGUGACAAUACAAACAACAUGUACAAAAGGUGCAGACACCACAAAUCAUGUAAGUCUAAGGUUUGGUGAUGAAAAUUCCAAUGACAUUUUAGUGAACCAUUUGAAUUCUAAACAUGUUAGAAGAGUUGAUCCAUUGGAACCACAAGUUCUUGAUGACAUCCCAAGAAAACCAUUUCAAUCUUGCAUGAUUGAUCAAUUUCAAGUCACUGGUCAAUGUGUUAAAUCACCAAUUUGUUAUCUAUAUCUUAAAUUGGCUGGAAGUGAUGAUUGGCGUCCUGGUUUUGCUCAAGUUCAAGUCUUACAAGGACCUCAUUUUAGCUCAAAUAUGUUUUAUUUUCGACGAUAUUUGCCUCGUCGUGUAUGGCAUGGAUUGGACCUUUGUGAGACACAAGUGACACCUUUUGGGUUAAAACGUAAGAGAAAUGUUUUUGGAGAUGAAGGUCCGUAG